AUGCCAGCUGACCCUGGGCCCGAGGUGGGCAGUGGAUGGCCGGGCCUCCUCAUGUCCUGCCUGAAAGGCCCCCAUGUCAUCCUCAAAAUGGAGGCCAUGAAGAUUGUCCACCCUGAAAAGUUCCCUGAGCUCCCGGCGGCCACCCCCUGCUUCCCACCUGCACCCAGGCCCACUCCCACUCUGGCACCCAAGCGUGCUUGGCCCUCAGACACAGAGAUCAUUGUCAACCAGGCAUGUGGGGGGGACAUGCCUACCUUGGAAGGAGCACCCCACACUCCACCCUUGCCAAGGCGGCCCCGCAAGGGCAGUUCUGAAUUGGGCUUCCCCCGGGUGGCACCAGUGGAUGAGGUCAUUGUAAAUCAAUAUGUGAUUCGACCUGGCCCAACAGCCUCUGCACCUUCAUCAUCCGGGCCAGUGAUAGCAGGUGAGCCCCUGGAAUGCCCCACCUGUGGGCACACAUACAACGUCACUCAGCGGCGGCCCCGCGUGCUGUCUUGCCUGCACUCUGUGUGUGAGCAGUGCCUGCAGAUUCUUUACGAGUCUUGCCCUAAGUACAAGUUUAUCUCGUGUCCCACCUGCCACCGUGAGACUGUGCUCUUCACUGACUAUGGCCUGGCCGCACUGGCUGUCAAUACUUCCAUCCUGAGCCGCUUGCCACCUGAAGCCCUGACGGCCCCAUCCGGUGGCCAGUGGGGGGGUGAAUCCGAAGGCAGCUGCUACCAGACCUUCCGGCAGUACUGUGGGGCUGCAUGCACCUGCCAUGUGCGGAACCCACUAUCAGCCUGUUCCAUCAUGUAGUGUCCGCCUGCCCACCACUGCCUGCAGGCCCUUGCUCGCCGCUUCUUCAGGGAACUGGCCCUGCCCUGUUUCCCGCUGACCCUUUCUUGCCCACUGUGGCUUCUGGCCCUACCCUGCGUGGCAUUGUCGCUGCAGCCAACUUUGCCAUUAAAACUCUUUGCCAAAGUU